CAGGUGUCUUUAUCUCUCGUCAGUCCGGGUAUUCGCAGACGCGACAGCGUCCUCGUGUGCGAAGUUACCAAUCUCGCGGACGCUUCCGGAUGGAUUCGCCAAGAGACAGAAUUUUUAUCUUUUGAUUGCAUUUCGUGGACCACUGAACUGUUUUCUUGGAAAUUCAUAAAACGCCAGUUAAUAAUAUUCUGAAAUUAGUGCGCCGAAUUAGAAAUCGCGAAUGCGUGUUUUUGACUUAAAACAAAAUUAGUGUUAAUUUAAACUAAUGGUGGAAUAUAAAAUAUACAUUAUAUGCAUGGUUUGUAAAAUCUUAAAGAAGAUAUCGUGUAAACAAUAGUGUAAUUAAAAAAUCGUGAUCUCAAUUUCUCAAGUAGUUUAUCGUGAAAUUGUUAGUUUUAAUCGUCGAUAUCUUAUCAUAAAAUAUUGUUGAAUGAAGAUAGGAUAAAGAUUAUUUUCUCUCAAGAAGAUUACCGCGAGAAUCUUCUUCAGAAUUAUCUGCGGAAAACUCUGGUAGAGUUUUUCACGCUCGACAAUAAGCGUUAACACUUCGGAUUUGCGAAUAUUUGUUAAAGACCGGCUGUUAUUUUUUGUGUGCAAUAUAAUGACAAAGAUGGAAAAAAUCGAAAGUGGCGUUUAUAAACAAAGCGGAUAUAUUAACGAGGCCUUCCAGUUGGACGGUUUGCCUUUCGACUCUCACGAGAAUAUUCCACCUGAUUACAACACGACGACACAUUCUGAAAAACAGCAGGAACCGGAAGCGGGCGUUGAGAAAGCGGAAUGGGGAGGUAGACUAGAAUUUUUGAUGGCUUGUAUAGCCACUUCCGUCGGAUUGGGGAACGUGUGGAGGUUUCCGUUCACCGCGUACGAGAAUGGCGGUGGCGCCUUUCUAAUACCCUACAUCAUAGUCCUGCUCCUUGUCGGAAAACCGUUUUAUCUUCUCGAGGGACUUCUGGGGCAGUUUACCAGCAAAUCAUGUGGAAAAGCGUGGUACAUGGCGCCGGCCAUGAAGGGAUUAGGAUACGCGCAGAUUUUCGCCGCGUUCUGCGUCGUCUCGUACUACAGCGCCCUGAUGGCAUUAACCCUAUAUUAUUUGGUGGCGAGUUUCCAGGCCGAAUUACCGUGGUCGAUCUGUCAACCGGAAUGGCAGGAUUACUGCAUCGACAUAAAGUCAAAUUACACUAAACAGAAUAGUACUGUACCCAUUCGAAGUUCCGCCGAGCUGUACUUCAGGAAGGUGGUGUUGCAGGAAUACGAUUCAAUCGAAAGCGGUAUCGGCGCGCCAUCCUGGCAACUAUCGAUAUGCCUAUUUUUCAGCUGGGGCAGCGUCUUCGCAAUAUUAUUUCGCGGCGUGAAGAGCACAGGCAAGGCUGCCUAUUUCCUCGCAUUGUUCCCUUACGUCGUAAUGAUAGCCUUGCUGAUUCGAGCCGUCACUCUCGACGGUGCUGUCAACGGCAUCCUUUACUUUAUCACGCCGAAUUGGGAAGCUCUGUGGAAGCCCACCGUCUGGUACGCCGCUAUCACGCAGUGCUUCUUCUCGCUAUCAGUUUGCUUUGGCCCGAUCAUCAGUUAUUCAUCCUACAAUAAUUUCGAACACAGAGUGGACAGAGAUGUGAUGAUAGUCACCACGCUAGACACGUUCACCAGCCUAAUGGCCGGCUGCACGAUCUUUGGUAUCCUCGGUAAUCUGGCCCACGAAUUAAAUGAAGAAGACAUCGCCAAGGUGGUGCGCGGUGGCACCGGUCUCGCCUUCAUCUCGUAUCCGGACGCGUUAUCGCGCUUCACCUUCGUGCCGCAGCUAUUUGCCGUGUUGUUCUUCAUCAUGCUAUUCGUUCUCGGCACCGGAAGCUCCGUCGCGUUGUGCGGUGCGAUAUUCAACGUUUUUCGCGAUCACCUGCCGCAGUUGAAGCUGUGGAUGCUGGCACUUUGCGUCACCUGCUUCGGCUUCGUCAUCAGUCUUGUCUACAUAACUCCGGGCGGCCAAUGGUUUAUAACGUUGGUUGAUUAUUAUGGAGGUACCUUUGUAGCGAUAAUCGUCGGCGUUCUCGAGAUGAUAACCAUUUUUUGGGUGUACGGUUUAUUGAAUUUCCUUGACGACAUGGAAUUCAUGCUAGGUAGCAGACUAGGUAUCUACUGGCGAUUGUGCUGGUUUCUGAUCACGCCUCUACUCAUGAUUGUCAUACUAAUUUAUACGUGCGUUACGUACGAGUCUCCUCUGUACUAUGGUAUCCGAUUUCCCGAUUACGCUUAUGGAAUUGGAUGGUUCGUGCUGGCUCUAGGAGUAUCCCCUAUAUUAUGGUCUAUCGGGCAGAAAAUAGUCACAAAUAAAAUAUCGUCCUUUACGGAGUCCGUCAAAAUGGCAUUUCGACCUGUGGAAGGUAAAUGGGGACCUAAUAAUCCAAAGAUACGCAAACAAUGGGAGGAGUAUGUGGCGGAGAAGAGAUUCGGUGCUCAAACCGGUUUGAUGAAGACGAUUUUUAAAUAAACAAUUUUAUUUAUUUGUGUUCCAUCUUCUUCUCUUAAUUAACUGUGUACUUUGAUUUAAUUAUCCAUUAGCUAGUGUAAAAUGUAACAGAAAAAAAAUCGUUUGUUUCACACAUAGUUCUGCACAUAUGUAUAUAUUACACAAUAUGUUAUAUUUUGUUACAUAAAUAUAUUGUUAUUUAUCAAGCGACGCAGUAGCGUCAUGACACCAAGUACAUAAAAAAGUACCAAGUACAUAAAAAAGAUCUUACAAAGGUAAAAAAAUAUGCGCUAGAGAGAAAAGUUGAGAGAUCUUUUAAUUCUGUAUUAUUGUGUGUAUUACAACCCUAAAUCGUAUAGUGUUUAUUAUAAAGUUUAUAACAUACGUGCAAGUACUUAGCUAAUUGCAUUUCACAUUUAUUUUUGAAAUAAAAUCUUUAUUGAUAUAAA